AUGACGACCCAGGAAAGCCAAAUCGAUGUAAACAUUUACCUUGUCGUACCGAGUUACCUGAAGUCCAAGGAUGAUUGCGGCGAGGAAAUGUGGGAGGCAUUUAACAAAUGCUCCGACCUUAGCUUGUGCAUAGAAUGGAUUACUGAAAAGUCUUGCAGUAAGAUAAAACCAUUGAAAACCGAUGUAUUUGUUGUGGAGGAAUUCAAGGGUGAUUUGUUUGAGAAGCUGAAGACCUUCAAAUGCUCAAUAGUCUCGCCAAAGUGCCUGCUUAUUUGUCUUACAAAUGGAGAACCAAUACCAGAAGGGCGGAAUCCAAUAUAUACGACGUCCAUGAGAAAAAUGUGUGUUUGUGCAUCAGGUUUUAAUCCAGAAAUUAAGGAUUGGAUACAACAACGAGUUGAAUAUAUGGGAGGUUUCUUCACAAAGCAAUUAAGAAAUAGUGUCACACAUUUAGUAACUGAUUCUGUGAUGUCAGCAAAGUAUGAGACCGCUAUAGAAAUGAAGAUACCAAUUAUGACAAAGGAAUGGAUAGAAGCUGUGUGGGAAGCAAAUUUGAAAAAGGUGGUAAAGGCGGAUGAUAAAAUUUUUGAUAAAUAUAAAUGUCCAGUUUUUAUGAAUCUAGUAGUUACUUCAACAAAUCUGCACAAACGUCAGAAAGAGGAAAUUAAACGUUUGAUACAUGAUUAUGGAGGAACAUUUAUGGGUCCUCUUGAUGGAACAAAAGUUCGAGUGGUUCUAGCUUCUGAAAGCGGUCCAUUGAGCGACAAGUUAAAGUACGCCAAGGAAAACAGCAUUCCCUGUUUGAGGCCUGACUGGGUGUACGAAAGUAUUAAAGUAGGAUACGCUCUACCUUUCCGUAAUUUUAUUAUCAAAUCUGUGAAAACGUGUUCAACACCAGAAAAACUAAAUACUCGAGAAUUGCUCAAUUGUUUAGAAAUCAGCUCUAUAGCACACGAUAAGCAUCCCAAUAAUUAUGUAGAUGAAAGUUUUAGUUCGACAAUAUCGAGAACAUCAAAUUUUCCCAGUGUAUACCCUAGUACGGUAACUAGUAAACUCUCCGGUGCCGCUAAGGUAAACGUAUUGGAUCGACUUACCUUCGGCGAAGCAAAAUCAGCUGGACCGUUUCUGGAUGGAUGUAAUAUUUACCUCGUUGGAUUUGUGACAAGCGUCAGAGAUAGGCUGAACAAAAUAUUAAACGUCGGCGGUGCGACGCGUUUUGAUGAAAUAUCGGACGCUGUGACACAUGUGAUCGUUGGCGACGAGAAUAAAGCGUCUGCGGAACUGAAAACGAUAAAAUCGAGAGGUUUAUGUCCUUACAUAUUAAACAUAGAAUGGUUGGAAGAGAGCAUGAAACUGAAACGGCCUGCAUCAGAAGAACUCUUUUUGUUUGAAGCAAAAGGUGGGGCACCUAAGAAAAAUGUUGAGACACCCGCUUCACCGCUUAGUAAAAAGAAUUUACAAAUGUUGCAACGACCGAAGAAACCUUCUGUACCACUUUUCAAUUUAGAAAAAUUAAUUGCACCCGUGAACGAAGAUGAGCAACCGGAUCUCGUACAGCAAUAUUUACAAGAAAAUAAUGAUUGUAGCAAUGUCAUACAAGAAUUCACGAAGCCCCAUACGCCUGUUUCGGCAGAGAAAGACCGAGAGAAUUUGAGUAGCGCAAAGAAUACGCGCACUAGCGAGAUUUGUUCAUCAGGUGUUUCAUCGGAUAAAAAUGUGGAAAGUGAUAAUACUGUGUUGCUCAGCCAAAGUUGCACGUCUAACGAAAAGCCGCUCAAAGGUUUAACGUUCGUCGUGGUUGGGUUUGACAAUGAAGACACUCACAUAGAAGAGACAAUCGUAACGUUGGGUGGACGUUUAGUCCCGAGAACCUAUAGCGGUAUUCCGGAUUAUGGUGUCGUGCCUGUGCAAGGAGCACCCUUAAAAUAUACGGUUAAUGAAAUCGUGAACGAUUUAUUUAUCGAAGAUUGUAUAAAUCAGGAACAAAUCGUGGAUAUUAUGUAUUACCACAGGCCAUUAUCUAUUAAAAAACCUUGUAAUCCAUUAUCGGGAUGCGUCAUAACGAUGAGCAUGUAUACCGGGGCCGAACGAGUGUAUCUUUCCACGUUGGCUACGACACUUGGCGCUAUAUGUCAAGAUAUGUUUGCACGGAAAGCUAACGCAGAGAGGAAUACACAUGGCAGUACGCAUCUGGUUUGCCCGUCCCCGGAAGGAAACAAAUAUAACGCGGCCGUGAGAUGGAAAUUGCCGGCUGUCACUGCCGACUGGCUAAAGACCUGCGCGGAUCAAUUAACGCUCGUAGACGAAACUCCAUUUCUCGUUGGGGAAACAAUAGCACCAGAUAGAUCAAAUAUCAGCGAACCAAAUCUCUCAAGUGUUCGCGAAAAUAGAACAGGAGUAGAAGAAACCACACCAAGAAUCAUCAUUACGCCGAAACGUCAUUUAUCUCAGAUCAAAGACGCACCCUCUGCUGAAACUCCAUUGAUAAAUAAGAGACUCAGUCUGGUAAUGAACCAGACAUCGAAGUCACCAUUUCACGUGUCCACUCCAGAGACUCCGUAUGGACAGGUCUUUAAGCCCAAUCCUUCGCCGGACACGCGAAAAGGGUGGAUCAAAUGGGUAGAUAAUUUUCCGGAUUUACAAAUAGCAGAACCGCCUUUAAAACGACGCGCUCCUAGCACUCCGCUUUCAGAUUUGAAGAAACAGCUGUGGGAGAAACUGAAGAACACAAAUCAACCUGAAAAAGAACAUAAAUCGAGUGAAGCAAUGAGACACGAGGAUAGUAAUACUUUUACGGAAAGAGCUGAGGAAGAAACCGACGAUCAGACUAACAAAAUAAAUCCAUCAACUCCUACGUCCACAACCCGAAAGCUCGUCUUUGAUGAAAAAGAUAGUCCGAUGCCAAAUAAUGAGAUAAACAUGCAAAUAGCGCAAUUGGAUCAAGUGCUUCAACGAACCUCGAGUACACCUGAAAAUAGAUACUCGCUGUCCGGGGAAAAUGCGAAAAAGUAUAACGAAGCUUCUGAUGAUAUACAAAAAUAUAUGGUAAAAGACUCGCAACCUAUUGAUGCCAUUGUAUGGGAAGAUCCGGAUCACCCAAAGCGAUCAAUCUUGAGUAAACGAUCAAGUAAGGAUAAACAUAGCAACGUGAUUAACGAAGAACAUAUCGAGGAAGAUGUCGCAGAACAGAAAUGUGAACCACCGACAACACGAAAAUUUAUGCUGUCGGGUAUAAAGGAUAGAAACGUAUAUGAACGUAUAAUAAAGGAUCUGGGCGGAGACGUGUCAACGGACACAAAUUUCGAUAAUAGUGCCACACAUCUCUUAUGCAUCAGGCUCUCCAGAAACGAAAAAAUGCUUGGCAGCAUAGCUGCUGGAAAGUGGGUCCUACAUUGCUCAUAUUUACGUGAUUCCGAACAAGCUGGCAGAUUUCUCGAUGAGGAAGAGUACGAAUGGGGCAAUCCGAAGAACAAAGAUAAGAUUCCGGAGCCAAACAGUGAGAUCGAGAAUGCAAUCGCAGCCGCGGCUUACAGGUGGCGGCAGAAAUUGCAGAAAGAACUGGAUGGCCCAUUUUCCGACAUAGUGGCUCUGCUGAUGGUCUCCGAGGAGAAAUACGAUCAGUUUAAGAGACUGAUUGAAGCUGGCGGCGGCUCGGUAAUGCAAGCAAGACCACCCUAUGAUACCAGUCCGUCUGGACGCAGAAUCACGCACUGCUUUGUCAACGUAAAACAAAUAAACCAACCUGUCGACUGGGCCAUGCUGGCUAGUAAGGGCAUUCUCUGCUUUUUGCCGCAAUAUCUCAGUGAUUAUCUGACAGAAGUGACGCCGCUCAAUCCGCGAGAUUGCGUACUCCCAGAAUUCAAGAAAUACCUGACGUUACUCCCCAAGUAGUCAGGUUGGAAUUGAAAUUACGUUUAAAUUUACAAAUAUGAGCGUUCACAAAAUAUCAGCGAUUUGAUAAGAUAUGCAGAAUACAGUAGUGUACAUAGCGAGUUUAUGUCAAAGAACUGAAAUAAAGGUCUCUUGUAUAGAAAAACAA